AUGUCGCCCAAAUUCCAUGCUCGCGGUAUUUUGACCAAGCAGAGGAUCCACAAACAGGGACGCUGUGUACUGUCAGGCGAGGAUACAUUGCAGACUGUCCUGUACAGGAGCGACAAACGACGCAGUAUCCGGCAACUCGUAACGACGAAUCAGCGAGGCGUUACCACAAGUAGGAUUAGUUGGGCGACUUUAUCUCCAGGGCGGGGAGCAUACCACGGCAUUGCUCCUUUCCACAAAGAUGACCUGCCACCGGGCUUGGAAGUACCUCCCUCUUUGAUUGUCGACGAUGUCGAAGCAGCGGAAUGGGCAGAGAGUACUGACGUUCUGGUUGUCGGAUUCGGUGCCGCUGGUGCCGCUGCUGCAAUUCAAGCCCGCGAGUCUGGUGCACAGGCGAUAGCGGUCGAUCGAUUUGGGAGCGGUGGUGCUACAUUCUUCAGUGGCGGAGUCAUUUACGCAGGAGACACAGAAGCACAGCGCCAAAAUGGAGUGGACGACUCAGCUGAGGAGAUGUUCAAGUACCUAAGCCUUGAGGGUUGUCCGGUCCAACCGGAAACGCUGCGAAAAUUUUGUCAGGACAGUGCCAGCAACCUCGAUUGGGUAGUCAAGCAUGGCCUUCCUUAUGGCGGUCAAGUGUUUCUAGAGAAGACGGCGUUUCCUCCUUCGCCAUACAAGAUAUACUAUUCGGGUAACGAGGCUAUGCCCUCCUAUGCGCGGAGAGCUAAACCCGCUCCUCGGGGACACAUGGCUGCAGGCAAAGGUUUUGGAGGCUCCAAGCUUUAUAAGACCCUCCACGACGCCGCUGAAAAGGCCGCUGUUAGGUUCCUGCGCCAUACGAAAGUGACACGGCUUGUUGUCGAUCGCAACAAUCGGGUGAUUGGUGCAGAAAUGCAAACAGUUCCUCGGAAUCUGUGGAAACGACACGACGACUUGUUCAAGACCGUGCACCCAUGGAUACCAUUCAAUGCUAACCGGUCCAAGAGAGCUAUAGAGGAAGCGACAAACCUGGAAUCGAGGGCCGCUGAGAGCAAACUUAUACGGGCUCGACACGGCGUCAUUUUGUGCACUGGUGGCUACAAUCGAAGCUUGUCGGUCGUUCAACACUACCGCCCCGUUCUGGCGAAACACUACGAAAAGACGUUACCGCUAGGUUCGAUUAGCGACAACGGGGAUGGCCUUGCGUUGGGAGCAUCGGUCGGAGGAGUGACGUCGCUAUUGGACAAGAUCAGUGUUGCAAGGACGAUGGUCCCACCCAACAUAUAUGCCAAUGGAGUGUUGGUGAAUGCACAUGGCAAACGGUUCAUCAACGAAGGAGCAUACGCCAUGUUCAUUGGCACGGAAAUGCUCAACCAGCCUGAUGGGAAGGGAUAUCUGAUUCUCGAGUCUAGGGACUUCUGGUACGGGGUGUACAAGUCUUUUUUCACGGGCGGAAAUUUCUUGCUCUGGGGCGCACCAGCCCUCAUUAAUAUCUGCUUUGGCGGAACUCGACGAGCUCGAUCUUUAGAGAAGCUUGCUAAAAAGAUCAAAGUGCCUCCUCAGGGUUUGAGAGAGCAGAUUGAAGGGUAUAACAAGGCCAGCAUCUCGGGCCAAGCAGACAAGCUGGGCAAGAUGAAGGACAUCUUCAAACCGGUGGUGAACGGACCGUUUUACGCCGUCAAUGUGUCUCUGGGGAACAAAUUCAAUCCGGCCCAGUCAAUCACGAUGGGCGGCCUAGUGGUGGACGAGCAGACUGGCAAUGUGAAGCGCGAAGACGGCAGCGUUGUCGAGGGACUUUACGCCGCUGGCAGAGCAGCGAUCGGUGUUUGUUCUGGAGGAUUCGUAAGUGGAAUGGCGUUGGCCGAUGCUAUCUUCAGCGGCCGUCGAGCUGGCCAGGCUGCUGCUAUUCGUACAGCCUCGGCUCCAGAACAACUUUCAGAAAAGCUUUAA